AUGAAACUAUUUACCCUUGUAAUAAUUUCAAGCCUAUUACUCAAACAAGCAACUCUAAUUCUUGCAGAUGUUGGUACUGCUGCUUCUUAUGGACCUCCAUAUAUACCUACUUCUUGUGAUGGAAGUAGGAGAGAGCAGUUUCCACCAGGCAACAUAUUUGUGGCAGUGAAUGAAGGAUUAUGGGAUAACGGCGCAGCAUGUGGAAGAAGAUAUAGAGUGAGAUGUGUGAGUGGAAUCAAUAAGCCAUGCAAAGGAGGUAGUAUUGAUGUUAAAGUUGUUGAUUCUAUUACUUGUACAAAGUCUUCAUGUCCCCACACUUUUCACAUGUCAACCGAAGCCUUUUCAGCAAUCUCACGUUUCCUUAAUGCAAAUAUCAAUAUUGAAUAUAUUCAGAUAUGA